AUAAUGGCCAAAAAAAGAGGAGGGAGGUGGCAGGCUCCAUUCUGAGGAAAAGCACUGAGGACCUGCAGAGAGGAUGGGACAGCGUCAGGAGUGAGGGUGGCUGCCGCAGCUAGAACAGCCAGUCCUGACAGCUCAAGCAGACAGGGCGGAGCAGCGCCCCUGGAGGAAGGGCCCGGCCUUCCGCAAACUGGGGUUCCAGGCCUACCUACUUGGGUACGCCCCAGUUCUGUGACCUGGGCAAGUUCUCUUCCUCCUCUGAGCCUCAGUUUUCUCCUCUGAGCCUCAGUUUCCUCCUCUGCUUAGCAGAGUAAAAACACGCCUUUUGCCUUGCACCGAGGUUUGCGCGCCCCAUAUUUGACAAUGCGCCUGUUUUGCUGGCACAUCUGGUUGUGCACUGUCAGCAUCUACAAGCCGCUGAGCAGCGAAAGCGGAAACACCUACAGGGCACUCCUCGGGCCCACCCACCUGCGGGAGGCGCCCUGAGACCGAGAGGCCGCAGCGCCCGGGGCCUCUGCCGGCUGCCCCUGGCCUCCCGCACGGAGCUCGCUCGGGGAACGCCCCCAUCCACUGCCCUCCACAGCCUCAGGGACAAGGGCGAGGCCAGGGGAGCAGAGGGAGCAGUCAUGGCGGAGCUGGAGGCUGUGGCCGACGAUCUAGACGCCCUCAUAGACGACCUGGACUACCUCCCGGGCCACUUUCACCUGGAGAUGCAGUUGAACUUCGAGCCGCGCUCGCCGGCCCCACAGCGCGCCCGGGACCUGAAGCUGCAGCGGGAGGGUCUGCGGCAGGAGCUUGAGCUGGCGGCCGCCCCGCAGCGCCCCGCCGUGCGUCACCUCCUGGGCGCUUUCGCAUUCUACCUGGAGGAGCUGGACGAGGCCCGCGAGUGCUUCCUCGAGGUGGCCCACGAGCACCCGGGCAACCUCAACGCCUGGGCCAAUCUGGCACAUGUGUACGGGCGGCUGGGACAGGAGGAAGAGGAAGAGGCGUGCGCCGCGCGGCUGGCCGGCCUCAUGGGCCUGGCGGAGGAGCCCGAGGCCGCCGGGAACCCCCAGCUCCGCGCCGCUCGCUGCCUGGCCGAGCAGGGCUACGCGCACGGCUUUGACGUGGGCUGCGCCAGCCCAGAGGAGCGUGCGCGGGGGCUGGCGGCAGGCAUCGCGCUCUACGACAAGGCGCUAGGCUACGGGCAGCAGAUCCCGAUGGAGGAGAAAAGGGGCUGGUAUUUCACCAUGGCAACACUCUACAUCAGGCUAGAUGGCCUCUUCCUGGAGCUGGGCAGUGAGGAGAAGAAGAGACUGCCUGCCUUCAACCGUACACUGGCCCUACUCCGGCAAGUGCUCAAGUCCAAGGACCCCCGCCACCGAGCCCUGGCCUGGUGCUACCUCGGGAUGCUGCUGGAGCGGAAGGACACCUUCUCCACCACCCCCAUGGGCGUCCACGACUGUGGGUACUCAGGGACCGACCCUCUGGACUGCUUUGGCAAGGCCAUCGAGAUUGCCAAGAACCAACCUCCCAUCCUGAAUCGCCUGGCCAAAAUCUUUUACUUCCUGGGAAAGCAGGAUAUGGCCACUGGGACCUGCAACAUGGCCCUGGAUGUCCUACGAGAUCCAGAGCUCAACUGGCAGGCAUACUGCACAAGGGCCAAGAGACGAGGUCUCACUAUAUUGCCCAGGCUGGUCUCAAACUCCUGGGCUCAAGCAGUCCUCCCACCUCGACCUCCCAAAGUGCUGGAAUUCCAGGUGUGAGCCACUACACCCAGCCGUGUAAGGCUUUUGAGUGAAAGAGUGCAGGAGCCUCCACUCACUGCAGGAAUCCCUUCUACAAUUCCCGGUCAGUGAGCCCCCAGCCUCUUCUGGAUUGGCACGGGUGGAAUCAGACUGACCAGAGUUGAAAUCUGGCUUCUCCGCCUUGUGGAACUUGCAGCAAGCUACUUACCCCCCUAAACCUCAGUUCCCAAAUCUGUAAGUUAUAAAUAACAACACUUUCCUUAAGAUGUUGUCAACAGACACAGUGAGGUAGCUUCUAAAGCACAGUGCCUUAGACAUAGGAGGUGCUUUUCUGAAAGCCAGUAGAGGUCAUUUAAUAUAGUGGAUCAGAGCUCUGGCUCUGAACACAGACAGCCUUGGUUCAAAUCCCACAACACCACGUGCUAUGGGACCUUUGGCAAAAUACUCUUGCCCAGAUUCUGAGCCUCAAUUUCUUUAUCUGUAGACUGGAGUUGUUAUGAGAAUUAUAUUAGGUUUUGUAUGUAAAACUCAGCAUCAAGCACACAGUAAGAUUUCAUAAGAGACUGACUGCUACUAAUUUAAUAUUAGGCAUAUUUUUGAAUUAUCUCACUGUCUCUUGAUGCAGUCCACUGCACAGUCAUUCAGCUCUGCAAGUUACACACUUAGGUGAGGUCUGCCUCCUGCUAGCUUCCCACACUGGUCCCAGACCUGCCCCCUAGAGCCCACACAGAGACCACGUGCUUCAGGAAGCCGACUCAGAGCUCCGAGUUUACUUCACUGCAAGCCGAAGAGUCCCCCCAUUCCCUCAUCUUCUCCACUACCAUCCACAUGACCUAGUGGCAAAUCUACUCCUAGUCUUGGUCUCAGUGGCUUAAUUACUUUGCCAGCAGGUACGAGGCAGGAGUGAAAUUCCUUCACUGUCGUGGAUGUGGUUAUUAUUAGAGAUAAUAAUGACAUUAACCAUAAUAGUAAAUAAUAAAAUAUUUCCAUAAAAUUCUGAAUUUCAUCAAGCACUUUCAUGUUCGUGGUCUGAUUUAAUGCUCACAAGAAUCCUGUGAGAGAGGCCAGACAUGUGCCAUCCUACAGAUGAGGCCACAUAGAACCAGGGAGGCAGGGAACUUCCCCAAGGAACUGCAUUCAAUAAUCAGAAACUCCAACUUUACUCUCCUCCCUCCAUCACCGUCUGGUGUCUUAUGAUCCUGGCCUCUCUGUGGUGCCAAAGGUCACACUUACUACUCAGAUGACUAGAGGAGCACAGGAUGGUGGAGAAGAGAUGGUGAGGAGGAGGGAACUCACAUUAUCUGUAUAAAAGCCUCAGUCCAUACUGCGGCCCAUAAGCAUGGCCUUGGCCCCAUGACCUCUCUACCCCACCUCCCUCUGCUCAUGCCUCUGUCUUCCAACCCUGCUGGCCUGGGCCUCUGCCUGGAAUGCUCUUCUCCCAGACAUCUGAUAGGCUUCCUCCCUCACUUCCUACAGGUCUUCUAGUGGCCAUCUAAUUGAAAAUGUCAAAGCCAUGCCAACAUUUAAUUUGUUAAUUAAUUUAUCUGUAAAAUUCUUUUAGAGAUAGGGUCUCACUCUGUCACCCAGGCUGGAGUGGAGUAGCAUGAUCAUGGCCCACUGCAGCCUUGAACUCCUGGGAUCAAGUGAUCCUCCUACCUCAGCCUCCCAAGUAGCUGGGACCACAGGUGUGCACCACCACACCCGCCCAGCUAAUUUUUUAAAAAUUAUUUGUUGUAGAUACAGGGUUCUGCUUGUAUCUGCCCAGGCUGGUUUCAAAUUCCUGGGCUGGAGCAGUCCUCCGGCCGCAGCCUUCCAAAGGGCUGGGAUUAUAGGUGUGAGCCACCACACCUAGCCCCCGCCAAUAUUUUAUGUUUUCCUUUCCUGGUUUAGUUUUCUUCUUAGCACUAAUCACUCCCUUACACACUGUUUACAUCUUUAUCAUGUUUAUUUUCUCUCUCCCCCAAAACAUAUAAGCUACUUAAGGGUGGGGAUUUUUGUGGUUUUGUUGUUUACUGUAUUCUCAGUGCCUGCAACAGUGUCUGGCACAGAGGAGGCUCUUAAUGAAUAUUUGCUGAACGAAUGAAUGAACUGAGCACCUACCAUAUACUAGCUCCUGACUAGAAUAUGUUCUUUCAGACAUCAUGGUAAUUCCCCAAGGAAGAUAUUCAUAUACUAAGUUUUCAGAUAUAGAAAUGAGGUUCAGGUUCAUAGAGUUGUGGAACUCCCUCCAGAUGACAUGGCUAAUAGCUAGGGGCUGAGGGAAGGACUGGAAUUCAAACCCUAGUCCAACUGACCCGAAAGCCAGAGAUUCAUCUCCCCCUGCCUCCAUGAUGCUGUCUUAUAACCAAAGCCCUUCUGAUGACUAUAAAGCAUUAAUAUCUUCAACAACACUAAUGCCCUUUCCCUCACUUCCUCCUACCCCACCCAAACCCACCUCUCCUAAACUUCCAAACUUCGUAAAUGCUCUAAGUGUGGGGAAAAUGGAGGAAUUCAGGAAAGCAAGGGUCUGAGAUCAUUUGUAAUGUGAUGCUUGUCAGUUGGGGCCACUUGCCAUUCUUCCCAAACUGCUUGUUGACAUAGACUUUCACGAAAUCGGUGCUGCCAUCCUACCUAAAAUAAUCCUCCCCAAUCACCUCUAUCCCAUUGUCAUAUUUAUUUUGUCAUAGCACUUACCACUUGAAAUUGUACUGUUGACUAUUGACUGCCUCCCCUACUGGAAUGCUAAGUUCUGCCAGAGCAGGGACCUCAUCUAUCUUGUUACCAUGGUACCUCCUGUACCCAGCAUAGGAACUGGCACAUGGUGGGCACUCAAUACAUAUCUGUUGAAUGAGUAAGGGACUCUUACUUCAUCCCACUCACUCAUUGCACAGACAGGGAAACUAAGGACCAGAAAGAGGGUGUGGCUAGCCCAAGUUGGUCCCAGGCUAGGACCUAGGACUCCUGGGUCCUGGCCUCAGGGUCUUUCUACGGCAACACAGAACCUCCCUGGUUGCUGUUGAAAAAAAGACUGGGUUCAUUUAGAGCAGAGGGGGCAGAGGCCCUUGGCUGGG